AUGGAGGACACAAAGAAGCCUCAUGUAGUUUCAUCUGAGCCACUGGAGAUUGGAGAUGCCAAAUGGAUGACGAUCAAGUACAGAGACGUGGAUGGUAAAGACCGCCUCUGGGAAGGAGUUGAAAGAAAGACACGCGCAGCAGGCAGCUCAGUCGACGCGGUGCACAUCGUUGCCGUGUUAAAGAAAGAAACUGGCCCAGAGCUUCUGCUUCAGCGACAGUUCCGCCCGGCUGUGGGCAAAAUCUGUGUCGAACUUCCCGCUGGACUGCUGGACAAAGGCGAAACCAUCGAACAGUGCGCGAUCCGCGAACUCGCAGAAGAGACAGGCUACGUCGGUACCAUCAAGCCGGAUUCGUAUGUGAACAGCCCAAAGCUUUUCGGCGACAUGCAAGCAGAGGAAAAUCGCAACCCCAAGCCGAGCUUGGAAGAAGGAGAGUUCAUCGAGUGUUUCUCACUGCCCUUGACCAGCCUUUACGUCGAAUGUAGGAGGCUAGAGGCCGAAGGUUAUGCUAUCGAUGGCAAGCUCGGGUCUUUGAUAGAGGGCUUUCAAAUGUCCCAGGUGUGGCGGACCUAA